AUGGUGCUGGGACUGCGGCGUGGCAUUCCCUGCUCUCGGUCCAGGCCGCCCGAAAGAAUGGUGCCGUACUUCGCAGCUCCAGAUGUGCAUCCCGGAUGUGGCCUCCACAAGUCGUGGCGGAGCCUUCGCCGAAGAAGAUGGGCAUGCCUCCGCCACCCUCGCCCACGCCCAGUGCAGCUUACAUGUUGCGAGUGCAAGGAGGUUUCUCCUGUAGAGGAGACGCUGAGGCAAGCUCAGGUGCCCUUCAUUUUGAUGAUCCGAAGCUUCUUUCCAUUGCUGGCAUCGCAAGUAUUGUUGCAGGGCCGACAGGUACUUCUAAACCUCGUCCUCGUCGGACAUAGCCACGGAGGUGUGAUUGCUCAUAGCAUGGCGCAGUGCCUUGAGUCUGCCGGCUUUCUCGUGAAGGGCAUAGUGGCUGCGGACACGCUCGGGCUGCCUCGCAAGGCGGAGAUGCCUUUGCCUCGCUUCGACCCGCAGGCGCUCGCACGGCACCGGUCUCCGUACCACUGGCAUCUGUCGUCACCGAAGGUUAACAUGAUGGCCCCCGACGUGCCUCCCCUUCGAAGGAUACUUCCAAGCAGAGCUGAGUUGCUGGUUGGCGGAGCUGUCUUCCCACCCAAGCACUUGCAGGACAUCGACCACAGUCGUAUUCUGCAGCAAAGCCCCUGGGACGUGGCGGCCGUGGUGUCCAACACCUUCAGGAGGCUUUCCGGCCAGUCGCAAUGA